CUAUCAAAAGGGGUCACGAAUAUUCAGAAUGCUCUGUUCUACAUCGACAGAGAUAGGAGUAAAUCUUAAGGAUGACGGCGGUCCAUUUGUUCACGGCGUUGUUUGCUCUGUUCGUUAGCGGCGAGGCUGCGUUUUCUUGGAAGAGUUGUGCCCCUGCCGGGUCGCCGAUCCACGUGGAAAGCAUUCAGGUUGGUCCCGACCCAGUAGAGGUCCCCGGGGACAUGGUGCUGAGCCUCAGCGGCACCUCAAGCGCCCCGAUCGGCAGCUCCUCUCUCACCAUCAGUGCGAAGAGGAAAACAUUCCUGCUCGAGAUCCCCAUACCAUGCAUCAACCACAUUGGAUCUUGCACGUAUGACGACAUCUGUGGACUGCCAGACAAGAUGAUCGCCGAGGACUGGUUGGGUGUAGCCGCGGGUUUGGGGCAGCAGAUUAAGGCCAUGUUGAACAGCAGUGGCGUCGACGCGUGUCCCAUACCAGCGCAGACUCUCACAGUGAGCAACGCCCACAUCCACAUUCCGUCACUUCCGUCCGCCCUCGCAGUGUUUGCUGCGGGCGACUACCACAUCAACCUCAACCUGGUUGACAACGCCAGUCAUCAGACGACACUCUGCAUCGACAUCAUGGUAACCAUACACGAGCCGUGCUCGGGCCUCAGCUGCCUCUUUGGAUAAAAGUGAUUGACAUCAGAUGAUAAGAAAUUGAUUAAGACAAAAUUCAGUGCAGAUCAUCAACAGCUUGAAAAUAAAGCAUAAAACAAUGCAGAAAA